CGGUGCAAGGGUCAAAGUUCCCACGUGAAAUCAUCAUGGAGGACAAGGGAGGAAUUUAUUUUGACAGAUAUGUAUUUUGAAGCACGUUAGUCCAUAAACAUGACUAAAGUUUGGAAGACUCUUGUGAAAUUACUUAGGGCAGCAAUCUCUAACAAAUACACUAGAGAGAAGCUUAUAUUUGGAGCCGCAGUGUGUAUUUUUACGACUUAUGCGUCGAGGAGGUUGUACCCAAGACUUUUAAAGAGCUAUGCCAAAAGAACUAAUGCCAAAUCGUCUCCAAAGAAAGACUCUCCAGGUGUAGAUAAACGAUUCUACAAGCAAUUAAAAUACUUGUUGAAAAUAAUUAUACCAAAAAUUUGGAGCAAAGAAUUAGCCGUUCUGUCAUUGCAUACGUGCACUUUAGUUGUUCGUACUUUUCUUUCGAUCUAUGUUGCUAAGUUAGAUGGGCGUAUUGUUAAGACGAUUGUGAGGCGUGAUGUUAAAGCAUUCCUUCUUCUUUUAAUGCAAUGGAUUGGAAUUGCAAUUCCAGCAACUUUUGUCAAUAGUUUAAUACGUUUCUUGGAAAGUCAGUUAGCUCUUGUGUUCAGGACUCGAUUAGUUGACCAUGCAUAUAAAGCUUAUUUUGAAGAUCAGACUUACUAUCGGGUUAGUAACCUAGACAAUAGAUUGCAAAAUGUUGACCAGUGUUUGACUGAAGAUAUAACCCUAUUUACAUCAUCAUUGGCUCAUUUAUAUUCGCACAUAACAAAACCGUUGCUGGAUGUUGCCCUGAUGUCUUUCACUUUAUACUCACUAGCAUCAAGUAGAGGUGCUAGUUCAUCAGUCCCAACUAUUGUUGCUUCAACAGUGCUCUUUGUAACAGCGGAGAUUUUACGAGCAGUUUCACCCAGAUUUGGCAAACUGGUUGCCGAGGAGGCAAAUAGAAGGGGUUACUUAAGAUACAUGCAGUCAAGAAUCAUUACAAAUGCAGAAGAAAUUGCAUUCUAUGGUGGACACAAGGUUGAGCUCAACCUUCUUCAAAAAAGUUAUUUAAGACUGAAGCGUCAAAUGGAAGUUAUUUUCUGUCAACGUCUUUGGUAUGUUAUGUUGGAACAGUUUUUGAUGAAGUAUGUUUGGAGUGCAAGUGGCCUCAUCAUGGUAGCUAUACCCAUCAUAAGCACUGGAGGUACACGGUCAGAUGGUAGCAAGGUGGAUGAUGAUCCUGAUGGCGGUGUGAGUGAGAGAACGCGAGCUUUUACAACAGCUAGAAACCUGUUGAUCAAUUCAGCUGAUGCUACAGAAAGACUUAUAUCAUCAUACAAAGAGAUAACAGAACUGGCUGGUUACACAUCCAGGGUUUAUAACAUGUUUACAGUAUUUGAUGAUGUAUUGCAAGGCAAAUAUAGGCGCACAGUGGUUGUUAAAGAUAAUCAGCCUAAAUUGGAAAAAUCUAACUUGGAGAAAAUUGAAGGACCUGUUGAAGCUCAUGGAGAAGUUACUAUAACAGAGGGAAAUAUACUGGUGGAAAAUAUGCCAAUUAUUACACCUAAUGGAGACAUCAUUGUUAAAAGUCUUUCCAUUCAGAUGGAGCCCGGCAUGCAUUUGUUGAUCACAGGACCAAAUGGUUGUGGAAAAUCUUCCUUGUUUAGAAUACUCAGUGGCUUAUGGCCAGUAUAUGAUGGCAAGCUUCAUAGACCACCAACUUCCUCUAUGUUCUAUAUCCCACAAAGACCAUACAUGUCAAUAGGAACAUUAAGAGAUCAAGUGAUAUACCCGGACACAGUAGAGGAUAUGAAGUGUAAGGGAUUCUCUGAGGAAGAUCUACAGGGCAUUCUAAAUGUUGUCAAUCUACAUUAUGUUGUAGAGAGGGAAGGAGGUUGGGAUGCUGAAAGUGACUGGAAGGAUGUAUUGUCCGGUGGGGAGAAACAAAGAAUGGGCAUGGCCAGGAUUUUCUACCAUAGGCCACAGUUUGCAUUGUUAGAUGAGUGUACGAGUGCAGUAUCAAUAGAUGUGGAGAGUAAGAUAUAUCAGACCAUUAAAGACAGAGGAAUUACCUUACUUACAAUUACCCACAGACCAUCACUCUGGAAGUUCCAUUCCCACCUGCUACAGUUUGAUGGGGAAGGUGGUUGGAGGCUAGAAAAGUUUGACAACACAACUCGCCUCUCCCUGAAUGAGGAGAAACAGAAACUUGAGACACAGUUAGCGGGCAUUCCCAAGAUGCAACAGCGUCUAUCCGAGCUCUGCACGAUGCUUGGAGAAGAUUCCGUACUCCUGAAUAAACACGGUAGUUUCAAUGACCUUGAAACACUUCAACAGGAACUUGAUCAAGAAAGGCUGGAGGAAGAGACUAAAAGUUGAUGAUGGUUCUAUAUUUAGAUUGUGCUAUUUAUAGUAACAAGUCUAGCUAUAUUUAGAAGACUACUUAUCCUAUUUAUAGUAUUUUGCACAAACCUUCCAUGUGAUUAUAUAGUAGUGUAGUUAUAUAUUCUUCAAAUUGUAGACAUAAAGUAAUUUUAAGUGCUCAAAAACCCUUUAUUAAUUAAAAAUCAAAAUUUAUAAUGGGCUUUAAAUUUGACAUGAUUCUGUCUCCAGAACUUUUUAAAUUUUAAUGCCUCUUUUUAAGGUUUUUAAUUAUUUUUGCAUAGACAAAAAAUACUAUUGUUUGCCCCUUCUUGUUACUGUUUGCCUCCAUCCUAGAAAAUUUAUACAAAAGUAUUGCCCUGGUUUGAAUUUUGUACAUUCCAAUGUUAAAAUGAUUUUUAUAUGGAAAUGGAAAAAAAUAAUUUCAGCCUAUAGUGCAAGCAAUGUUUAUGAAACAGUGAUGUCAUAGAAUUUAUUGAUGUUUCUGAAUUUUGUUAGUCCUUUUUUUCAAUUGAAUGAUUGUUAUAGCUAUGUAUAACUAUGCUUUUUUAACAUAUCUUUUUAGCUCACCUGUCACAAAGUGACAUGGUGAGCUUUUGUGAUCCCUUUUCGUCAGGCGUCCGUUCGUAAACUUUUACUUUAAACAACAUAUCCUCAUAAACCACUAAGCCAAUUUCAUCCAAACUUCACAGGAAUGUUCCUUUGGUAGUCAACUUUAAAAAUUGUUCAAAGAAUUUUAUUCCAAGCAGAACUCUAGUUGCCAUGGCAACAAGAAGAAAAAACUUUAAAAUAAACUUCUUUUAAAAAUAGAAAGAGCUAGAGAUUAAAUAUUUGGCAUGAAACAUCAGCUAGUCAGUGUCUACCAAGUUUGUUCAAAUAAAAGCUCUGGGGUCAAAAUUGCCCCCUCCCCUUGGGGUCAUUGAUUUUCCUUAUUUGUAUAUAGUAAAAACUUGAAAAAUCAUCUUUUAAAAAACCCAAGUAGCUAGAGCUUAGAUAUUAAACAUGAAACAUCUUUUAACGGGUUUCUACGAAGUUUGUUCAAAUAAAAGCCCUUGGGUUAAAAUUGGCCCUCUCCAGGGGCCUAUAUACAGGUGAGUGAUUUCAGGGCCUCUUGUUUGUAUUUACGUUUUAUUGUAAAAUUCAGUCUAGAGAGAAUUAGCAGAUAUAAUACUUAUUCUGUAACGGAGGGUUGCAUAAAAUAAGAUAUAUUAGAACAGGAAUGAUGUAAGAAAUAAUAUUGGUACUAGCAGUAUUCAUUAGCGAUUCAUUCAACAUUACUUUAGAGUUAUAGAGUAUAAGUUUGACCAUUCCUGUUGGACCCAGGAAAUUACAGUUUUGUUUAAGUUAUAGCACAUUUUAUAAUACUCCAGAAGAUAACACUGAUUGGUAAAGUCUGUUUUUAUGUGCAUACAUUUUCUUUCAGUUUAUUACCUUCCUUUACAUUAUAAAAAUAAUGCUCAUUUUGUAAUGAUUUUUCUCUCCACACUGAUACUCUUGUAAUAAUCCUUUUUUAUAUCAGGACCAUGUUACUUCUGUAAUAAUCCUAUUAUCAGGAUCAUGUUACUUCUGUAAUAAACCUAUUUUAUAUCAGGAUCAUGAUACUUCUGUAAUAAUCCUGUUAUCAGGAUUAUGUUACUUCUGUAAUAAACCUUUUUAUAUCAGGAUCAUGUUACUUCUUCAAUAAACCUAUUUUAUAUCAGUAUCAUGUUACUUCUGUAAUAAUCUUAUUAUCAGGAUCAUGUUACUUCUAAAAUGAUCCUAUUUUAUAUCAGGAUUGUGAUUUUUCUGUAACAAUCAUAUUUUCUGUCAGGAUCAUGUUACUUAAAUAUUUUUGUAGGGUAAAAUAGCCUAUAUGAUAUCAGGAACAUUAGAUGAUUUCAAAUUUAGAUUAAAAUAUUUCAAAUAUUAGAUGAUUUUCAGGCAAACCUAUCAGGGCUGGAAUAAUAUGACAACUUUAUGGGUAAAUAAGCUAAUUUACAAGUGGAUUAUUAUUUAACAUAAUAAUUGGGAUUAUUUCUUGAUUUGUAAUUUAAUAAAAGAUUAGCAAAUUAUGUAUUUAUUCUGUUUUGAUUAUUGCUAUGCCCACUUGUGACUCGUAGUGGCUUAAUAUUUUUUGUAUAGUCUGUCUGUGUGUUUAACAAUAACAUCUUAAUUUAUAUGUAUACUUGUACACAAGAUACUCCAAUUUUAUAAUGAUAUUAAAUUUGAGUGUUAAAUUAUCCAGGCAUUUUUUUUAAUUCAGGAAACAUCAGAAUGUAUUUGUUAGUUUUUAGCUCGACUAUUCGAAGAAUAUGAGAGCUAUUGUAGUCGCCCCAGCGUCCGCGUCGGCGUCUGCGUCCGCGUCGGCGUCUGCGUUGGUUAAAGUUUUUUUUAAAGUCAAAUAUCUCAAUCAUUACUUGAGAUAUUCAAUUGAAACUUACAAUACUUAUUUAUAGUAACAAGGUACAUCAUAUUGACAAGUUGGAUAACUCUGUCUACAAUAUUGACAGAAUUAUGCCCCUUUUUAACUUAGAAAUUUUGGUUAAAGUUUUUUGUAAAGUCAAAUAUCUCAAUAAUUACUUGAGAUAUUCAAUUGAAACUUACAAUACUUACUUAUAGUAACAAGGUACAUCAUAUUGACAAGUUGGAUAACUCUGUCUACAAUAUUGACAGAAUUAUGCCCCUUUUUAACUUAGAAAUUUUGGUUAAAGUUUUUUGUAAAGUCAAAUAUCUCAAUAAUUACUUGAGAUAUUCAAUUGAAACUUACAAUACUUAUUUAUAGUAACAAGGUACAUCAUAUUGACAAGUUGGAUAACUCUGUCUACAAUAUUGACAGAAUUAUGCCCCUUUUUAACUUAGAAAUUUUGGUUAAAGUUUUUUGUAAAGUCAAAUAUCUCAAUAAUUACUUGAGAUAUUCAAUUGAAACUUACAAUACUUAUUUAUAGUAACAAGGUACAUCAUAUUGACAAGUUAGAUAACUCUGCCUACAAUAUUGACAGAAUUAUGCCCCUUUUAACUUAGAAAUUUUGGUUAAAGUUUUUUGUCAAUUAUUGCUUGAGAUAUUCAAUUGAAACUUACAAUACUUAUUUAUAGUAACAAGGUACAUCAGAUUGACAAGUUGGAUAACUCUGCCUACAAUAUUAACAGAAUUAUGCCCCUUUGGAACUUAGAAAUUUUGGUUAAAGUUUUUUUGUAAAGUCAAAUAUCUCAAUUAUUGCUUGAGAUAUUCAAAUGAAAUUUUAAAAUACUUUUUUAUAGUAACAAUGUACAUCAGUUGCAAAAUUGCAUAACUCUGCCUGCAAAAUUUGAAGAAUUAUUUGCCCCUUUGAAACUUAGAAAUUUUGGUUAAAGGUCUUCAAAGAUAUUUACUUGAGACUUUACACAUGCACUUAGGGUCAUAAUUGGAGGGUCAUAAUUGUAUGUCACUGACCAAGUUCCAUAACUCUAUCUUGCAUUAAGGUUGAUUCAUAUCCCCUUUUCUACUUAGUCUCUUGGUUAAUGUUUACAUGCAAGUUUUACAUAUCUCAAUAACUAUUAAAGAUAUUUAUUUAAAUCUUCACAUUUGCAUUAAGGGUCAUAAUUUUAGGUCACUGACAAAGAUCCAUAAUUCUAUCUUGCAUUUAGGCUGAUUUUUCUCCCCUUUUUCAACUUAGAAAUUCAUGGUAAAGUUUUGCUUGUAAGCUGUUAUCUCAAUUACUACUGAAGGGUUUGUGCCUUUUUUUGGACAAUUUUAUGCAUUCAUAAUAAUAAAGCAGUGAUUUACUUGAUAAAACAUCUUAAUUAGAAGCCUAUGUACCUUUUCUGUCAAAAUUUAUGUAUUCAUAGGUAAUUAGUAUUAUUAUACUCAAUAAAACAACCUUGUGACAUUACCUUCCGAAUAGUCAAGCCAAUAUUGUAUGAUUAGACUCUCUCUAAGGCCUAUAACAUGAAUUUAUUAAAAAAAAAUUAUACCUUUUGUGAUCUUAAAAAAUUUAACAUUAUCAAGGCUCUUUUACUAUCAAGCACUUAGAAUAGUCGAGCGUGCUGUCCUACCGACAGCUCUUGUUUGAAAAUAUUUUAAAGGGGAGAAUUUGUACUGUACAAAAUCCAUUUUUUUCUAUUGUGUUGUUAUUUGUAUUGUGAAAGUAUUUUCUAUUUUACAUAUUGUUGCCAUUAAUGUUGAUUUUGUUCUUGACAUAUUAAAUGGUUUUGUCUGUUUGAUAUCAAUAUAUUAGGGGUGUAACAGGUUCGGUCGUUUUUUUUUAAACAAAAAUCUGUUACUGAAUUAAAUGACCAGAAACCAAGGUUAGUACAUGACCAACAGAUGAAGAAACUUUAGAUUGGGUUUUUACAUUACCUUUGUUUCUUUAUGACAAGAUGUGACAUUUUAUCUGUAUUUCAAAUGUAUUUUUCUGACUGAAUGCUAUCUUAUGGUACCGAUCCUAAAAGACAACAAUUCUCCAUAAUCAGAUAUGUUUUGUAAUUGUUGUCGAGUAUAACAAAAUACAAACAAAAUGUGUUAUCUUAGUUAAUGUUUUAAAUCUAAUAAUUAUUUUAAUAUGGUCGUUUAAAAGUUUAACACGGUUAUUAAGUCACUGUAUGAAAAGUACGCAUUUUUGCUAACCGUGACACCCCUAAUAUAUAUGUGUAUAAACAAAUUAAGCAAAUGACACAAAUCUGUUAACAAUUAUUAUGAUUUGGGUAUAAGCAAACAACGAUUUGACGUCUGCAUGUAUAGCAUUUACUGCACACUUUGAUUAUGUUCCAAAUAACAUGUAUGUACCAAACUGUAUUAGUGUUUGAAAUUAUUUUUUGUCCAAUAGGAUUGCAGUUUUUCAAAUGAAUCGUAACACAUUUACCUUGGUAAAUCGGCAAACAGUUAAUCAGUCUAGUAAAUCAACUGUUUAUAAAAAAAUUUAAAACACUAAGCCGAUUAAAGUUUAUUAGUACGUAUUUACAAAAUCAAAUUGGUCGCAUGGGGUAUUUACAAAAUUAAAUUGGUUGCCCUGACCAAUUUGAUUUUGUAAAUAUGUUCAAAUAAACUUUAACCUAUACUUAAUUAAUCCUGAUCUAUGUUAUAUUUCAUACAGCAAUGAAAGCACAGUUAGGAUCAUGUGGUCCUGAUUUUUCUUUGUGAACAUUUGGUUUGAAGCCAUUUUAGUCUUAUUUGAGCUAUCAGUGAAAAAAAUUUGUCUAGUAUUAAUAAUUUGAUUUUUGUUUCAUAUAAUUCUGUCAUUGCUAUUACUACCCUGAGCUUGACUAGCUAUCAUGUUUCUCAGUAAUGAAUAUAAAAUUGAGUUCAUUAAAGCGGCAUGCUUAAAGAUGAGAAACACACUGUCAUAGGAUCAAAUCAUUAACAAAUAUAUUUAGAGUUUGAAAAAUGUACAAAUAUUUGCAGUCUACAUAAUAAUUGGUCCCCCAUCACUCUUGGUUUGAAUCCCUUUAAAUUCAGUUCUUACAUUUGUAUUAGUUAUCCAGCUACCUUACAGAAUGUCUGUGGUUCUACAUAGGGUACUAAUGCACAGAGGGGCAUCAACCAAGCUUGAAAGUCGCCAUAUGACCAUUACAGUGUUGGUUUGAAUUAAAUCCAGAACAGAGAGGAAAGUUUUGCAUGUAUUAUGGCAAAUAUGGCUGAUUAUCUCGUUUUAUCUUGUAUUUCUACCCACAUUUUACUGAGUAAAUUCUCUGUACAUGUCAACUUCUGAAAUGUAAUCGCUGUGUUAUAUGCUUAUGUCUCAAUUUUGUUCCAUCAAAAAGAAAGUUGACAUUGCAUAAAUCUUUAGGUGUGAUACUUUAAUGACAUAACAACAAGAUAUUCAUGUUUUUUAUUUAAUUGUUUUUCAUAUAUAAUGAUGUAGGUGAAAUAAUCGGCAAUGAAAUGAUGAAAGUUUAGAUUAUAGUUUUACUUCAUAUUGACAUAAGUUUGCCAGUGUUUUAAAUUAUUCACUCUAGUCUUAAUUGUGUGCUACAAAAUUAAUAAGGAUGAUCAAAUAAAUUAAUUGCUAA